AUGCGACGAAUAGCUGAUGAGUGCAACGCGAAGGUCCGCUUGCGUGGCAUUGGCAGCGGAUUUCUGGAAGGCUCUGAUGGCACAGAGGCCAACAUGCCCCUACAGCUCAAUGUGAGCUGUACGGAGUACCCAGACUAUGUCGGAAAGCCCAGCAUGAGUGCAAGCACGGGAACUCACAUGGCAAGCUGCGCACUUGGCGUGAACGUGUUCUGA